UCACUGGAGCUACGCGAGCUAGUGAGCAGCUAGCUAAACAUCAAAGAACGAUGGCGUCUGCUGUGAUGGAUAACACGUAAAAAAAUAAAAUCUCAUGAGGUUCGGUCGGUGCAAGUUCUUGCGUCGAUAACGGUCCUUGAAUAGAUAUAUAAUACGAAAUAUAAGGGUGUUGUUAUGGCGACCGCGAGCGGCGGGAGUGCCGUCGGUGGUUUGGCGUCAAACCAUGACGGUCAGGAGGCAGCAUCCAACUCGGCUCAGUCUGGAGCCGCAGCUGGGCUCUCCAACGUGCCAGCCUCCGGCGGUCCUGCCCGGUCCGCAUCCCCGCCCGUUCACGGCCUUCAUCGGGAGCCCAUGUACAACUGGCAGGCGACAAAGAGCUCCCUGAAGGAGCGCUUCGCCUUUCUCUUCAACAAUGAGCUUCUCAGCGACGUUAGGUUCAUCGUGGGGAAGGGCAGACAGGCCCAGAGGAUACCGGCCCAUAAAUUCGUGCUGGCUGCUGGCAGUGCUGUUUUUGAUGCUAUGUUCAACGGAGGCAUGGCCACCACGUCGACUGAAAUAGAGCUGCCUGAUGUGGAGCCUGCAGCCUUCCUCGCCCUGCUCAGGUUCCUUUAUUCUGACGAGGUCCACAUUGGUCCGGAGACUGUGAUGACGACUCUGUACACAGCUAAGAAGUAUGCUGUCCCCGCUCUGGAGAGCCACUGUGUGGAGUUUCUUACCAAGCACCUCAGAGCCGACAACGCAUUCAUGCUCCUCACUCAGGCGAGGUUAUUUGAUGAGCCUCAACUUGCCAGUCUCUGCCUGGAAACCAUUGACAAAAGCACUGCAGAUGCAAUAAACGCAGAGGGCUUUACAGAUAUUGACCUCGAUACCUUAUGUGCAGUGCUACAAAGAGACACACUCAGCAUCAGGGAGAACCGUCUAUUUGGGGCGGUGGUACGAUGGGCAGAGGCCGAGUGUUACAGACAACAGCUUCCCCCGACCUCGGAGAACAAACAGAAGGUUCUGGGGAAAGCUCUCCCCCUCAUCCGCUUCCCGCUCAUGACUGUUGAGGAGUUUGCUGCAGGGCCUGCCCAGUCUGGAAUUUUGUUCGAUCGGGAGGUGGUAAAUCUGUUUUUACACUUUACAGUAAACCCCAAACCACGGGUCGACUACAUUGACAGGCCUCGCUGCUGCCUCAGGGGGGAGGAGUGCAGCAUUAAUAGAUUCCAGCAGGUUGAGAGUCGAUGGGGGUACAGUGGUACCAGCGACAGAAUAAGAUUCAAUGUUAACAGAAGAAUAUCCAUUGUGGGUUUUGGCUUGUAUGGUUCAAUACAUGGACCCACCGACUAUCAGGUCAACAUACAGAUCUUAGAGAGCGACAAACGCAUUACACUGGGGCAGAACGACACAGGCUUCAGCUGCGACGGCACGGCAAGCACUUUCAGAGUGAUGUUCAAAGAGCCUGUGGAGAUCCUCCCCAAUGUCAGCUACACUGCAUGUGCCACUUUAAAGGGCCCAGACUCCCAUUAUGGCACAAAAGGUCUGAAGAAACUCACCCAGGAGUCAACAACGGGGACCAAGACGACGUUUUUCUUUUUUAGCUCACCUGGAAAUAACAACGGUACUUCAGUGGAGGAUGGCCAGAUACCAGAGAUCAUCUAUUACACCUAGACUGAACAUGUGUCUACAGGUAUACUGGACCAGAGAGAUCUUAGACUGCUGGGAAGACUGGACUGCUGGAGUUAAACGUAGUGCCUCAUGAACCUAGGAAUAAAGAAUGUGUGCGUGUUUGAUGGUGUGCGUGUAAUAAUGUACAGACAUAAUGAGGAAUGUGGAAACAGUCAGAGUUGUGAUAAAUCACAGCUCAAGUGUGGAAAAAAUCUUUUUGGGCAUGAACUCACAGCUGUAAAUGAUCAAAAUUCUGAUGUGUGUCUGUGUGUUAUCAGUAGACCACCAGUGUAGGAGUCUCUUCUGCACAAGUGAAAGGACAAAGACGAUUACCAUUUGUUGGUCGAUGCCAUCUCACUUUAUUUUGUCACCUUUUGCUGGUGCAUAUACCAGUAGUAUAAUAACUGCGUAUCUUUUAUUGUGCACUGUUCUCAUUUAUUUGACUGCCAUCGUCAGUACAAUUGGUUUUUAUGCAUUGUUCCAUGUGUGUUCUGUAACUUUGCCAGUGGUACAUGUUGUUGUAAUUUGACUUCAUGAUUGCUUAGCACUUCAUCGAAAAUGUAAAUAAAACAACAAGCAAAAA